AUGGCAGAAACCACAAACGAGAAGCAAGCGGUUCCUGUUGGAGGAGGUGAGGCUAUGUUACAGCCGUUGAAUGAAAAGCUUGAAGAGAGUACAGCUGCACCUCCUCCACCAACAGUGGAAAAUAUGAUCACACGAGAUGGAUUUCGCGUCCAUCCACAACCGACCAGUGAUCCCUUGGAUCCUCUCAACUGGUCUAGCUUUCAAAAGCACUCGAUUCUUGCCAUCGUCAUGUUCAAAUACUUCAUGUUUACAUACAUAACCACCACUACAGUCGCCAGUUUUCCUGAUUUACAGGAGCAAUACGAUAUCACCUACUCGCAAGUCAACUGGACUGUCGCAAUCCCCGCGCUGGGGCUCGCUGUCGGUCCAUUGAUCUUCAGCUCGCUUGCCGACAUUUUCGGCCGUCGUCUUGUAUUCAUCAUUGGCACGAUCAUGGCUCUGGCAUCGACCGUCGGCGCUGCCAAAGCUUCCAACUACGGCGGAUAUAUGGCUGCACGCUUCUUUCAAGGCUUAGGCGUAUCUCCAGCGUCAACCGUCGGUUUGGCCGCCAUCAAUGAUAUGUUCUACGAGCACCAACGAGGGCAGAAAAUCGGACUCUGGGUCCUGGCAAUCGACAGCGGUUUACUAGUUGGUCCGAUCAUCGGCGGGUUCAUGAAUAUUGUCUCGACUGCCUGGAUCCAAUGGUUGACAGCCAUCUUCUUUGGCGUACUCCUUGUUCUCGAAAUCUUCUUUUUGCCUGAAACGCUGUAUCCGCGAAAUCACAUGCUAGCCAAACUACCCAUGGCGACCGCCUCGGACGAAACGGGUGUUGAUAUCGAGAAAGUCGGCCGAAGACGGAGCGAUGCAGGAUCUGUCGACUUGCCACGAACCAAGAAACUCCCCUUCAUCAACAUCAAGCCUGUCCCUGGCAUGCGCCAUCCAGCCGUCUACGACUCGAUCCUCCGCUUCGUCCUAACCUUGAAAUUCCUCGCUGUCACCAUUGCCGUCGUGACGUAUUGCUUCCUCUGGUACUGGUGGGUGCUGAGCGUGAUCACGAUGCUCCCGGCCGCGUAUCUGGACUAUAAACCGCAAAUUCAAGGGCUCCUCUUCAUUGGACUCCUCCUCGGUACGUUGUUUGCCGAAGUCUUCUUGGGCGGCCACCUCAGCGACAUUGUGUGCUCGCGACUGGCGAAGCGAAAUGGAGGCGUCCGGAUUCCCGAGAUGCGCCUCUGGUUGAUCUUCCCAGCUGGCCUGCUGAGUGCCAUCGGCUUAAUCGUGUGGGGAAUCAGUGUCGAUAGGGCCUAUCACUGGAUGGUUGGGCAGGUCGCCUUUUUCCUGUUCGCUGCAGGAAUCCAGAUGGGAAACACAGUUGUCUGUGCCUAUAUUGUCGACUGCUAUCCGCUGCAGAGCAUGAGCAUGAUCACAUUCUACGCUGUACUGCUGAACUUGUCCGCCUUUAUCAAUCCGUUCUUCAUUGCCCCCUGGCAGACCGAUUCGGGCUGGACCUGGUGCUUCGCUGCCCAAGGAAUCAUCGUCUUUUUUGGCGCACUCCCUAUCUUCGCCUUUCUACAUAAAUUUGGCCCUAUGUUGAGAUCCAAGACCGGGACACCUUCUUGGGUCAAUCCGGAGUUCGAUGCGUCGCUGUAG